AUGGGCAACUCAACUCUCGAAUCGGCCAAAGACAUCACUGCCGGCGCGGCGGGAGGAGUCGCGCAGGUUCUGAUAGGCCAGCCUUUUGGUGUUGGAGCUUGCGUCAGCAUUCAAUUCGGCGCUUUCCAAUUCUUUCGCAGGCAGCUUGAAGACUUCCGCGGGAUAACCCAGUCCAACGGCCUAUCGCUGUCUUUGUCCGACUUUUACCUCGUAGGCGGAGCAGCUGGUUUGACUAACAGCGUCAUAUCCGGUCCAAUCGAACACGUCCGUAUCAGGCUUCAGACCCAGCCGAGCGGCGUAAACCGCCUGUACUCGGGCCCGUGGGAUUGCGUCCGUACAAUCAAGGGCCACUCAGGCGUCAAAGGUCUCUACCGAGGCCAAGUUGUCACUCUCCUGAGAGAGUUCCACGGAUAUGGCAUCUGGUUCGCAGCCUAUGAGGGCCUGGUACGUUUCGUGAUGGAGCGGGAUGGCAUCAAAGACAGAAAAGACGUGCCCAGCUGGAAGAUCGCCGUCUGUGGAGGUCUUGCUGGGGAGGCACUUUGGCUUGGAAGUCACCCCCUGGACGUGAUCAAGAGUAAGAUGCAGAGCGACGGGUAUGGCAAGGAUCAGAAGCAUGCGAACAUGAGGGAUGCGUUUAAGCAGACGUGGAGGGAAGGCAAGUUCAGGGCGAUGUUUAGGGGUCUAGGUCCUGCUCUGCUUAGAGCGAUGCCAGUUUCUGCUGGCACGUUUGCGACUGCUGAGAUGGUAAGAUCUGCACUAGGUUGA